CUAAUUCAAAGAAGACACAAGGAGGACCAAGAAAAUAAACGGCCGAGGUCAUCAUGCUCCGCUUUCCUCUCUGCCUAUCAAAGAAAACCAGAUGGCUUCAACAACAUAGAAGAACACGAAAUCCCCCCCAAAAUCAAACGCUUUCAGUUUCAGAGAGAAGAGAACCCUCCGAGUGAACUAUGAAAGAUAUCGCUAAGCUCCAUUGUUUUACCAUUUUAUGCCUCACUUUCUUCCCCAAAGUGGCCAUCUCUCUCACUCUGGGCUCCCUGACUGCAACUCAAUCACUCACAAAUGAACGGACCCUUGUCUCCCCCGGCCAGGUUUUUGAGCUGGGAUUCUUCGAUCCAGGCAACUCAAAGUGGUACCUUGGAAUAUGGUACAAGAAAAUCCCUGUUAAAACAGUUGUUUGGGUUGCAAACAAAGACAACCCACUUUCAAACUCAUCCUCCGGCACCUUCAAGAUCGGUGACCGUGGAAACAUCGUCGUCGUCGACGAAGUUGGGACCAUACUUUGGUCGUCCAAGCAAACCCAGGAAGUCGUUGAUCCAGUUGUACAGCUUUUAGAUUCAGGAAAUCUUGUGGUCCGAGAAAAGAGCGAAAACGACCCCGAAAAGCAUCUAUGGCAGAGCUUCGAUUAUCCUACGGACACUCUGUUACCGGAUAUGAAGUUGGGGUCGAACUUCGACUCUGGUUUCGAAUGGAACCUGACUUCUUGGAAGACCUCGGAGGACCCUUCAAGGGGAGACUACUCAUUCAAGUUAGAUGUCCAUGGAUUCCCCGAAAUUUUCUUGCUCAACAACCAAGAACCAAAGUACCGAAGCGGGCCUUGGAACGGCAUGAGGUUCAGUGGGGUACCGGAAAUGGCGCCUUUGAACGGUCUCAAAUUCAGCUUUAUCAUGGAUGAACACGAGGUAACUUACUCAUUUUCCACAACAAAUGCGUCUCUAAUUUCUCGGUUGAUUAUGAAUUCAACCGGUUAUCUUGAACGAUAUACGUGGAUCGAGAGCAGACAGGAUUGGAAUUUAUAUUGGGAUGCCCCCAAAGAUCAAUGCGAUAGCUACAAAGAGUGCGGCCCAUAUGGCAUCUGCGACACGAACGCGUCGCCUCUCUGCAGAUGCAUGAAAGGGUUUUCUCCCAAGAACUUGCAGGCCUGGAAUCUGAGAGAUGGGUCUGAUGGGUGUGUGAGGAACACGACAUUGGGUUGUCGGACUGACCGAUUCUUGCAGUUGAAGAACAUGAAACUACCGGAGACAACGACAGCUUUUGUGGACAAGACCAUGAGUAUCGAGGAUUGUGGAGAAAUGUGCCUCAAGAAUUGUUCCUGCACUGCUUUUGCCAACUACAGGAUCAACGAUGGAGGAAUUGGGUGUGUGACAUGGACCAGUGAGCUCGUAGACAUGAGAGCCUAUACAGAGGGCAGUGGCCAAGAUCUCUACGUUCGAUUGGCAGCAUCAGAAAUUGCUUAUAGCGGAAGUGCAGACUCUGGAAAUGGCUCUGACAAGACAAAAGAAAUAAUCAUGGUAAUAGGCAUUACGGUCGGCAUUGUUUUAUUGUCAGGAUUGACAGUCUUCUUUGUGUGGAAGAGGAAGGGAUUGCAAAUGAUAUGGAAAGAAAAAACAGAGCGAAGAAAAGGUCCUCGUGAAAGAAGCCAGGAUUUGUUGUUAAAUGAAGUUAUCAUUUCAAGUAAGAAGGAGUACUCGGGUGAGAGCAACAUAGAUGAUCUAGAAUUGCCAUUGUUUGAUUUUAGUACUUUAGCAAUGGCGACAAACAAUUUUUCUGAUGAAAAUAAACUGGGACAAGGCGGUUUUGGCUCUGUUUACAAGGGUAGGUUGGUAGAAGAUCAAGAAAUAGCGGUAAAGAGGCUCUCAAAAAGCUCUGGGCAAGGGAUUGAAGAAUUCAAAAAUGAGGUUAGAUUGAUUGCAAGGCUUCAGCACAGAAAUCUUGUUAGAUUGCUGGGUUGCUGCAUUGAGAUCGAUGAAAAGGUGCUCAUUUAUGAGUACAUGGAGAACAAAAGUCUGGAUUAUGUCUUAUUCGAUAAAGCAAAACGCUCUUUACUAGAUUGGCCAAGGCGAUUUAAUAUCAUAUGCGGGACUGCCCGAGGGCUUCUUUAUCUUCAUCAAGAUUCUAGGUUUAGAAUUAUCCAUAGGGAUCUCAAGGCAAGUAACAUUUUACUAGAUGGAGAAAUGAACCCAAAAAUAUCAGACUUUGGCAUGGCCAGAAUUUUUGGCAAGGAUCAGACAGAAGCUAACACAAGGAGAGUUGUUGGAACAUAUGGCUAUAUGUCUCCAGAGUACGCAAUGGAUGGACAAUUUUCUGUGAAAUCUGAUGUUUUUAGCUUUGGAGUUCUAGUGUUGGAGAUUAUAAGUGGAAAAAAGAACCGAGGCUUUUAUCAUGCAAACAAUGAACUAAACCUUCUUGGACAUGCAUGGAAGCAUUGGAGAGGAGGAAAUGGUUUGGAGCUGAUUGAUCAAUCCUUGGGUGAUUUAUACGCCCCAUCUGAAGUGAUGAGAUGCAUACAGGUCGGCCUGCUGUGUGUCCAGGAGCGCGCUGAAGACAGGCCUACCAUGUCAUCUGUGGUGCUGAUGUUGAGCAGUGAAACUGCGACAUUGCCCCAGCCAAAGCAGCCUGGCUUCUGCCUAGGAAGGAAUCCUGUUGAAACUACUUCUUCGUCUAGUAAACAAGAAGAAUCAUGCACUGUGAACAAUGUCACAGUUACAAUGCUAGAAGCUAGGUAGUCAAAGCUAAGGCUCCAUCUAGGAUGUCUCUAUAUUUUUGAACCUCUUGUAAGGUAUAACCCUGUUAAUCCAUAUCGGUGAAUACACCUUACAUCAAUUUCUCUUGAA